CUUCCCGACAUUUAUUGUGACUAUCAGCAUAAUUUUGUGUAUGUAUGUAUGUAUAUGUGUAUGUGAGUAUAUAUACAUAAAACAAUAAGAAAUAAACACAUGUUUUAAAAGAUAUAUUUCACUGACAUUUAUAUCGACUCUGUGAUUACGGCCACACCAGUUGCCAAGCAACUGUGAUGUUUACAUAUGGUGGCGUGUGAGAGUAGCGAAUAUUAGAGAAGGUUAAGGACGCUCGUAAAGCGUCAUACUAUAGCACUAGAAAGCUGAAAAAUAAUAAUCUUUAAUUAAAUUUGUUACGCACUAUGGAGAACAUAUUUUCCAAGAUGGAAGCCAACAGUGGUAAUGUACUUGAAGUGGAUGUUAAAAACCCAUUGGAUUCCCCUCACGUAAAAACAGAGCUGCUGGGAAAUCAGGAUUCACAAGAACAGCGGCUGUUAUCACAUGAAGAUGUUUUAAAAAAGGAAGAAGAUGAUAUACAUCAGAGAUCAGACUCUGAUGAUAAUGAGGAUGCUAAUUUAGAUCAAGCAGCAACUGCUCUAGAAGAUAUGCUUACAAAAACAGAGGACUUCACCAGUAGAUCAGAAAGUGCACAUGAUACUAAAGAAAACAUUGCUCAGUCACUGCAGGGUACAUCAUUUGAAUCGGAGAUAAUACUUCCUAAACUUGCACUAUGUGAUAGAAAGGAAAAGAAAAGAGAAUCAAAAAGCAGAAAAGAAUUGGAAGAGGAAGAAAGGGAAAAAAUGCAGGUAUUGGUGUCAAACUUCACAGAAGAACAGUUGGAUAGAUACGAAAUGUACAGGAGAUCUGCCUUUCCAAAAGCUUCUAUAAAAAGGUUAAUGCAGACGAUCACUGGAUGUUCUGUGUCUCAAAAUGUUGUCAUUGCAAUGUCUGGCAUUGCUAAAGUCUUUGUAGGAGAGGUUGUAGAAGAAGCUUUGGAUGUAAUGGAGAACCAAGGAGAAGUUGGGCCUUUACAGCCUAAACAUUUAAGAGAAGCUGUAAGAAGACUUCGUCUUCGUUCCGGAAUUCCAAACGGACAUCCCCACAGACUUUGGUUCCGGAUUUGAUUACAUUAUGACUGUGUUUAUCGAGAGUGAAUUAAUAUGUGGUGUGAGGGAAUUGCUAAAUCAGGCUGAGACUACCUUUUUGGAUAAUUGUACUGUGUAGAAAGAAAAGAAGUUUCCAACAUUUUUAAUAUUAUUGUCCAGUAUAUUAUCAGCGAACAUGUAAUGUAUUCAAGAGCUAAAGACAUGCUGGUUUCUAAGUGAUAUACUGAAGAUCUAUGAAAAUAAUUUCAUGUUUUACAAACUUACAAUGUAAAUUCAGAUUAAUUUAUGUUAAUGUAACUACUCUGAUAGCAAGGCUGAAAAUGACAUGAAAUUAUAAAGCCACGUCGCACAGAGUUAGGGGACGACCAAGGGAGAAACGAAAAAAGAAUUUUUGUGGCUGUUAGAAGAAUUAAAUUUUCGCACUUUCCCUUUCUACAUCACUAAAGGACGGUCUUUUCCAUAAAUAACAGAAACAUAUCCGCAGUUAUGAUGGUAGGGUUUGUGAAUGACAGAAAAUUUCAUAUAAUGAUUGGUGUAAGAUUACUGUUCAAAAUAUGCCUCAACUGAGAAUGUAGGUGAUGUUUGCUUUUGUGAAAAGUUUUUAGAUUUAAUUUUAAAAUUAGGGAAUAAAAUAUAUUUUUACGAGUGGGAAUGAGCGUUUACAUGAAAUUAGUAAUUGAAGUGGGGUUAGAGAAUAAUGAAUCAUGUUAAACAAAAUUAAAGAUUUCACAGAAGUUAAUGUAUGCCUGUGUCCUGUAAUUUGGAUGCAGACAGACAAAAUGGACACAAUGAAACCAAUAGUUUUUUCCUGAAAUUUUUGUUGACAUGCAUCUAAAAAUUAUAUUGUGAUACCAAAACAAAUAUAAUGUAGAAUAUUUACCACUUGA